ACUACUUUUUGAGCUCUUUCUACUACUAUGCGUGAUUAUCAAUAGAUCGGCUGAUAUUUCGCAAAAAAAAAAUCUAAAAUCUAGUUCAGUCAAGGAGUUCUUCAAGCUUUCCUUGUUUGCUGAUGGUCGUGGUCCUGUGCAGUUGCAGGGCCGAUGUCAUCGAUGCAGUUCAGCAGCGUGCUCCCGCUGGAGGGCAAAGCGUGCGUGUGCCCGGUGAGGAGCGCCAACAACGGGUGCGAGAGGCUCAAGGUCGGGGACAGCAGCAGCCUCAGGCACGAGAUGGCGCUGAGGAGGAAGUGCAACGGCACCAGAGGGGGAGGCGCCGCCAACGGCGCGCAGUGCGUGCUCACCUCCGACGCCAGCCCGGACACCCUUGUCGUCCGGUCGUCCUUCCGGAGGAACUACGCCGAUCCGAACGAGGUUGCGGCGGUCAUACUGGGCGGCGGCACCGGGACUCAGCUCUUCCCUCUCACCAGCACAAGGGCCACGCCUGCUGUUCCUAUUGGAGGAUGUUACAGGCUUAUCGAUAUUCCCAUGAGCAACUGCUUCAACAGUGGCAUAAACAAGAUAUUCGUGAUGACUCAGUUCAACUCGGCAUCUCUUAAUCGUCACAUUCACCGCACGUACCUCGGCGGGGGGAUCAAUUUCACUGAUGGAUCUGUUGAGGUAUUGGCCGCAACGCAAAUGCCUGGGGAGGCUGCUGGAUGGUUCCGGGGAACCGCAGAUGCGGUCAGAAAAUUUAUCUGGGUACUUGAGGACUAUUAUAAGCAUAAAUCUAUCGAGCACAUUUUGAUCUUGUCGGGGGACCAGCUUUAUCGCAUGGAUUACAUGGAGCUUGUGCAGAAACAUGUUGAUGACAAUGCUGACAUUACUCUAUCAUGUGCCCCUGUUGGAGAAAGCCGGGCAUCCGAAUAUGGACUAGUGAAGUUCGACAGUUCAGGUCGAGUGAUCCAGUUUUCUGAGAAGCCAAAGGGCGCGGACUUGGAGGCAAUGAAAGUGGAUACCAGCUUUCUCAAUUUUGCCAUAGAUGAUCCAGCCAAAAAUCCCUACAUUGCUUCCAUGGGAGUUUAUGUCUUCAAAAGAGAAGUUCUUUUGAACCUUCUAAAGUCAAGAUACACAGAACUACAUGACUUUGGGUCUGAAAUCCUCCCGAGAGCUCUACAUGAUCACAAUGUACAGGCAUAUGUCUUCACUGACUACUGGGAGGACAUUGGAACAAUCAGAUCGUUCUUCGAUGCAAACAUGGCACUCUGCGAGCAGCCUCCAAAGUUUGAGUUUUAUGACCCAAAGACUCCCUUCUUCACUUCGCCUCGAUACUUGCCACCAACAAAGUCCGACAAGUGCAGGAUCAAAGAAGCGAUCAUUUCACAUGGUUGCUUCCUGCGCGAGUGCACCAUUGAGCACUCUAUCAUCGGCGUCCGUUCACGCCUAAACUCCGGAUCUGUGCUCAAGAACGCGAUGAUGAUGGGUGCGGAUCUGUACGAGACCGAGGACGAGAUCUCGGGGCUGCUGUCCGAGGGCAAGGUCCCCAUCGGUGUUGGGGAGAACUCCAAGCUGAGCAACUGCAUCAUCGACAUGAACGCUAGGAUCGGAAGGGACGUGGUCAUCGCGAACAGCGAGGGCGUCCAGGAGGCUGAUCGGCCAGAGGAAGGGUACUACAUCAGGUCCGGGAUCGUGGUGAUACUGAAGAAUGCAACCGUGAAGGACGGCACCGUAGUGUAGAACGCCGCCUUCGCCGCGGCAGCUGCAUCUUUUUCGAGUGUUGGCGGUAGCCCAGAGCUGCCGACCUGAAGUUCAUUCAGACAAGGAAGAAGAUAGGGCCCCUGGCGGGACGGUAGAAGUUGGGAGCUGGGACGAGAGACGGCUCAUGCAGCAAGCAUCAGUAGCAAAGCAAGUACUCCUAGUAGUAGUCGUUCUUCCCCUGUAAUAAUAAAGCUGCGUGCGUGCGCGUCGAGUUGAAGUGGCAGCAGACUCUU